AUGGACAAUGACGAUGAGAAUAUGCUGUGUCUUUCUGUACCCGAAAAAGUGGAUACAAAUGAUGAUUUCCCGUCAUCCGAUGAUAGUGACAUAGAGGUGACAUCCACUAUCAAUGAAGAAGAAAAUGAACUUGUUCAAAUUGGCAAUAACCUGUGUUUCAACUCGGAUGAUAGCACUGAUGAUGACAUGAAUAUACAAGACAAUUCAACAGUACAAUCUUAUCCAGCAGCGCGAACAUCAGAAGAUGAUGAAAGCUAUGAUAGUGAUCAUAUCGUCGACAAUUCAUCUUCCAGGUUAUGCUCUCUACAAUCUGAAGCUAAUGAUACACCAUGGAGAAAACGAAAGCGUCGUGGCUGGAACAAACUGAAACUCAAUGCUGCUCAAUCGAGAAUCAUAUAUACUCGUCUUACAUGGGAAGCCUGGAGGCGUACGUUAAAUUCAAUUGAUCUCGAAAAAGGCUUUACAGAAAUCGAAUAUACUUGGACAGAUUGUUCUAUUGUAGCACCUCGAACGUUACCUGGCUAUAUUUAUGAUCCUAAUAAAGAAUCUAAAAUACAACCUAAUGAUCAUGAUGAUGAUAUUCAAAAUCAUACUGCAAACGAAGCGAACCUGGCCAAUCAACAACACACACAAGUGAUGUUAAAAAAUGGUGGUAAACAAUUGAAGUUAGAUGAAUUAUGGGAAAAAAAUAAUUAUUAUAUUUAUGUAACUUAUGUAAAUUUAUGUUUUAAUUUUCAUCUCUUGUCAAUUCGAAAUUGUGAAUUGAACAAAAAAGAUUAA